CUCCCCAUCCCUCGAACUCGCGACUACCAAAUGUCGUCCCUUCCUCUUCCCCGCCACGCCCAAGCCCCCAACCCCAAGCUCCCGACCACCUCCGCCUGCCUCCUCCGCCCGCGCGGCCGUCUCCUGCUCGGGGAGAAUCUGUCGGCUUCCUCCCCGCAUGCUUCGAGCCUCCACCUCGCCUCCGUGGCCGCCCCCUCCCCGCGCGCCUCUGUCCGACGCCCAGGCGGCGGCGGCGGCCUCCUCCUCCUCUCCGUCGCUGCUUCCGCGGCUGCAAUAUCUGCCAGCUUCAUAUUCUUUUCGGCAAUUCCCUCCAUGUUGGAAUGUAAGAAGGCAGCAGAGUCUCUUGAAAAGUCAUUUGAUCUCACUAGAGAGAAGCUUCCUGAAACUAUGGCUUCAGUGAGACUAGUUGGAAAGGAGAUCGGUGACUUGAGUGUGGUUCUCAGCGACCUAAGUCAAGAAUUGACGAAGGUUGUGAGGAGUUCCUUGAGCAUUGUUCAUACAGCUGACGCUCAACUUCGCCAGCUGGCAACCUCAGCCCAACAAGGAACCACUCAGGGGGUAGCUAACCGGAAGAAAGCAGUAGGUGAGCCAUUGGUGGCUACUACCGUGAGAGAAGUCCGUGAGUUGAUUGCGGACAUCCGGUCAGGAUUUGGAGCAGCCUUCGGCAUCACCAGCCUUUUCAUGUGGGCAUCAAAAAUUUGGUCAAAGCGCCCUAAGGAAAACUGAGAGUGAGAUAACGCGAUGUUUCUGAAUUCAUCUCGUUAUUGCUGCUACCAGGUCACCACUCAUGAGGUCGAAAGAGAAGGAGAUCACAGCUACUGUCCUACUCCUACAUUGGGUGAACCCCCCUACCUAGCUUUGAUAUACUGAGAGAACUGAAUUGUGUAUGCUCAUCUGUUGUUGCUGCAUCAUAGUUCUUGAUACUGAACAGUUGGAUAUUUGUUUUGCUUGAAA